GGAUGCUUACUAACUCAAUGUCUUUUUUCUCUUUCCAGAAUCGUGAACCCAGAUAUGGUUGUUCUAGAUGUGGCCAAACUAGGGUUUCUGAUGGGAGAUUAUAGACUAUUAAAUGACGUCACACAUGGAGACCACUGGAUCUUAGACUUCAGCAAUGCAACCAUGAAUCAUGCGCUACAGUUUACACCCAUGUUGAUAUCUAAAAUUUAUUAUUUUGUUACGUCGUGCCACGCGAUCAAGAUCAAAGGCAUACAUCUAGUCAACGUGCCGGUCUUUGGUCACUCAAUCUUGGCCCUUGCCAAGAAGAUUAUGAAGCCCAAACAUGCAGAGAGAUUGCACCUUUAUGACGGAUUUGAGAACAUUUUCAAUGUGUUACCUAGGGAAAUAUUUCCAAGUGAUAUUGGUGGGACUGCUAAUACUACUGUCCAGGAGUUAUCGGAUGCAUGGUAUGAAACCCUCCAAUCAGAAUCAUGGAAGCGAUUCUACGCGAACCAGGACAAGAACUUCUUCGUGGACGAGUCAAAAAGGAUAACGCCAUCAAAAAUCACAGACGACUUCGGUGUAGAGGGAACCUUCAGAAAACUAGAAUUAGAUUAAUUUAUACCCAAUUAGAGUUACAUUUAAGGCUAUAUUCGCAUGUCCCCAAUAAGUUCCUGGUAAAUUUAAUUGGCAGAUAGUGUUAAAAUGUAGAUUUAUGUGGUGGAUAGCUGCUAUGAAACGGACCAUUAGGAAAGUAAUAUACCUCUAGUUAGACAAUUAUUGUUGUGAUUUAAGAGUUUUUUCUAAGUAAUUAUGGUGUUUAAGCAAGUGCCAAUCUCUGAGCGAUUGAUGUCUGAAUUUGGUUUCGGUUCAUUUCCGAGGGCUGAGUACGAAUUUAUAUUACGUUGAAAGUAAUGAGACCGUGCUGGGCGCUCUGAUUGGCCGGCUCCCAUAAACCAACCAAUCAGAGUGCUGCGUCGAGCGCGGUCUCGCUUCAAUUAUUUCAACGUAAAACAAACUUGUAGUAAAGCCUCUGAAGUUGAUCAAUUUCACAGAAUACAGAAAUAGUGUUCUAAUUAAUUCUCAGAAUGAAUUUGUUAUAGUGACUGCGUCGUUACUAAAGUGGUUAUGUCGUAGAGCAAAGUCUACAAAAUUAUUAUUAACAUUUGGGUGAUUGAAAA